UGCGUGGUUUUGUACGACGAUCAUGGGUAAAUUGACGAAUUCGUCGAAGAGAAACGAAGUCAAUGUUACUUACGUUAACGACAACGAAUAUAGUAUUCGGUUGAUACGUUGGUUAUUGACGUCGAUGGGUGCUUGGCAAUCAUCUAUGACAAAGACUUCAAUUGAAAAAUUAUGUUCUAUAAUUUUGAUCAUUCUUUCUUUUUCUUUAAUAUGCUUUACUUUUGUACCGUGUACUUUGUACGCUUUCCUCGAGGAAAGAAACUUGCAAGCGAGGAUGGAGGCGCUCGGUCAAGUGAGUUAUUGGCUCAUGGGUGCCAUCAAGUACAGUUACAUCUUGUUUCAUCGAGGAAACGUGCGUCGGUGUUUUGAUCACAUCGAAAGAGAUUGGCGUAUGGUUAGAAGAUCGAAAGAUCGUGACAUCAUGUUGGCUCAUGCCAAUAGUGCUCGUUAUUUUAUCCUCGUUUGUACGGGUUUUACUAUUGGCGGCGUUUUGAUUUAUAAUCUGGUCAAAGGAAUGACACUUGUUCCUGUUUCCAUAGAAAAUCAUACGGUCUACUUGCAUCCGUUACCUUGUCCUUGCUAUAGCAAAGUAGCGGACACGAGAUAUAAUCCGGCUUACGAUAUCGUAUAUGCACUCCAACUGCUCUCCGGUGUUAUCACCAGCUCCAUCUUCGUAUGCGCUUGCAGUCUCGCUGCGGUCUUUAUUAUGCACGCCUGUGGUCAACUGACGAUGACGAUGGCAUGGAUGAAAGAUUCCUUCUCAAUUUCUUCGAUUGAAUCUACGAAUUAUCAACUUUCAGACAUUGUCGGACUCCACGUGCGCGCUUUGAGUUUUAUACAAUAUAUAGAGAACGUGAUUAAUCGCAUAUGUCUCGUCGAACUUUUGGGUUGCACAUUAAAUAUGUGUUUGCUGGGAUAUUUUUGUAUCACGGAGUGGGAGAACAACGAUAUAAAAAUUACCAUAGGAUACUUUCUUGUAUUUAUCUCCAUGAUGUUCAAUAUUUUCGUAUUUUGUUUUCUUAGCGAGAAACUCUCACAUCAGUGCAUGCAAGUAGGUGACGUCGCUUACGCGUGCGAUUGGCAACUUCUUCCUGAUUGCACAGCACGCGGAUUUAUAUUAAUAAUACUUAGAUCCAAUUCUGUGGUACGAUUAACUGCCGGAAAAUUCAUGCAAAUCUCUAUUAUCACUUUCGGCGAUGUGAGUAAUUAAUAAUAUAAAUGAAAUUGAUGAUAUUGCGUACGACGGAUCCGGUUGAAUGAAUCUGAAAGUUCAAUUUUUCUUUUAGGUAAUAAAAACAUCUGCGGUAUACUUCAAUAUGCUACAAAAAAUGACAUAGAGUAUUUCACGUAGUAUAAUUACAAUGAGAUAUUUAUAAAAAAAGGAAAAGAUAUAGAAACUUCUAUUGGACAAAUAAAUUAAAUUCCUACGUAAUGAAAAUUUUAUGAAUUAUAAAUGAGAGUUCUAACGAAAUUUUUAGUACUUGAGCAAUUUCUAAUAA